AUGGCAGCCGCUAGAGAACAGCAGUUUGUGCACGAGGUCUACAACGAGAUCGCUCCACACUUCUCGCAAACAAGAUACAAGCCAUGGCCCGUGGUGACAAGGUUUUUGAACCAGCAGGAAAUGGGUAGCAUAGGCAUCGAUGUUGGAUGUGGUAACGGAAAGUAUUUGAACGUGAACCCCAAUGUGUUUAUAAUAGGCUCAGACCGAUCAUCCGGGCUCAUUGAGUGCGCGCACGCGUUGGACGGCAAAUUCAAUGUCUUGGUCGCGGAUGGGAUGCAGUUGCCGCACAGAGACGCGACGUUCGACUUCGCCAUCUCCAUUGCUGUCGUGCACCACUGGUCGACGCGCGAGCGCCGGGUAGCGGCGAUAAAUCAUAUUCUGAGCAAAGUGCGGCCGCAGGGCCGAGCGCUCAUCUACUGCUGGGCCCUUGAGCAGGCUGGCUCGCGCAGAGGUUAUCACGAGGGAAUGGAGCAGGACGUGCUAGUGCCGUGGGUUCUUCAGGGCAAGCACGCCAAGAACGAACAGGAGACGAAAUCCACGAAGAAAGCCAAGCCAGAGAAGCCGGAUUUGAGCACCGUUGCUCCGCAAGACAGGGCUGCGUUCCUGGCGCAUUGGAGAGAAGAACAGCAAUCAAAGAGAGCUGCCGAGAAUGAGGCCCAAGAACGCGCGCGGCGCGAGCAAGUCGACGCGGACAAUGCGAACACCAAGUAUAGGUAUUACCAUCUCUACAAAGAAGGCGAACUCGAGGAAGACUGCGUGAGUGCCGGAGGUAAAGUAGUAGGUGCCGGCUACGAGAAAGACAACUGGUAUGUGAUCGUGGAACGCCAAUAA